UCCAUCGCAUGGCAUUAACAGACCACUCCACGACAGUGACUUUGCUUGAUCGUUUCUCUCAUUUGAAAAAAAAUAAAGUCCCGCGAGGAAACGCGGACGGCUCGACUCCGGACUUCCUGUUCAAUGCUUCACUGUUGAGUGGUAGAAAGGGAUGAGGUCCUCGGGAGAUAACAAAACAACCCAGUGAGACCGGAAUAAAAGUUCACUCAACAUGAGCUGGAUUCCCUUCAAGAUUGGACAGCCAAAGAAGCAGAUUGUCUCUAAAACUGUUGAAAGAGACUUUGAGCGUGAAUAUGACAAACUCCAAAAGUUGGAGGAUCAGACGAAAAAGCUUCACAAGGACAUGAAGAAAAGCACUGAGGCUGAUUUAGCCAUGUCCAAAGCAGCAGUGAAGAUCUCUGCAGACCUGCUGAGUAACCCGCUGUGUGAGCAGGACCAGGCCUUCCUGGACUCCAUGAAUGCUUUAGAUACAGCCAUGAAAAGGAUGGACUCUUUCAACCAGGAGAAGGUCAACCAGAUCCAGAAGACCGUUAUCAACCCUCUGAAAAAGUACAGUGGUGUCUUCCCCAGCCUCAACAUGGCAGUGAAACGUCGGGAGCAGGCACUGCAGGACUACAAACGGCUGCAGUCCAAAGUGGAGAAGUAUGAAGAGAAAGAAAAAACGGGGCCCGUCAUGGUCAAAUUACAUCAGGCCAGAGAAGAGCUCCGACCAGUCAGGGACGACUUUGAGGCCAAAAACAAGCAGCUUCUCGACGAGAUGCCCAAGUUCUACCACAGCCGCAUUGACUACUUCCAGCCCAGCUUUGAGGCUCUCAUCCGGGCACAGGUGGUCUAUUUCACCGAAAUGUACAAGAUCUUCAACGACUUAACAGACCAAAUCGACCAGGCAGGGCUGACUGAUGAGCAGAGGGAGAGGGAGACCGAGGCCAAGCUCAGCGAGUUGCGUGCUCUGUCCAUUGUCGCCGACGACUGAGGGGGGAAAGCCGAAAACCGGGAUAGGCUCCUUUCAUGCCUCUCUGAAUGGAUUGCACUCUUUUCAGGCUCCUCCGCGCAGUGCAAACGGACGGCAGCGGCCUUAACCUGAUUAACAGUUUGUUUCCUUGCGGCCUCAUCACCCCCUGUUCCUCUUGCACAACACUCCCAUGUUUCAUUCUCUCUACAAAGACUCUGCAACCUGGAGCAGCUGAAAUGCCACAUUAACUAAGCCAUCAGCCAAGUGCAACAUUAUAAGCCAAUGUGUUUUUUUUUUUAAAUGAAGGAAUCAAACAACUCUCCUCUGAACUAAUUAACGAGGUUACUUUUUUUAUAUAUCUAUAAGCAUUUGUUUCUAGAGUAGGAAAUGAGCAAGGGAAUGUUUUAUUACUCACAUCUGCUUUGUUACCAACAGUCUGUGAAACCUAGUUUUUGGUUCCCCAAAAAUACAAAAUGAGAAACACUACAGACUGAAUGUUAUGUAAGGCACUGUAUAUUAUCAGCAAAAAAACAACGUAUUUCUGUAUUUUGGCUUUUGCUGUUUAUCUCUAAGUUUAGCUCUGUGCCACAGCGUGUGAGGUCUGUUGAUGGGGAUUUACAGGAUGAUACUGGAACAUCACCUGUGCAUAAUGUGCCUACACUGUCCCGACUGUCCGUGUUACAUGAAAACCAAGUAAGUUGUGUGUGAAGUGACAUUGUGCCUGUGCAGCAGCGUUGAACCCGACCGCUCAGGUUGCAGAGAGAGCGGGUCUAUUGGAAGUCAAAUCACUGUCCAUAACAAAGGCUGGUGCACCCUCUAGUGGGCUAUAGUGAUCACGACAAAAUCUCUCUCGUUCAAACCAUCCAUCCUUUGUUCUAUUGUUGGUGGUUCAGUUCAUCUGUUUGCACAUCGCUGGCACUCUGCAGAAGGUCCUCUCUCUCCUUGUCCUAUACACCAGGGUUGGCAGCCAUCUUUUUUGGCUUUUCUUCAUGUUGGACCAAAACAUUAUCAUUGCACUCGUUUGUUUCCACCUUUAUCAGGUACCGCCUCAGUAUGACAGGAUGCGCGCGCGCGCGCACACAAACACACACACACACGGCUCUCUCCCAUAUCAUGUUAUUUUUUUAGGUGUCAUAGCAAGAAGUUGGCUAUUUAUUUUUUAACAGUCCUGUCUGACUUUAAAAUUAUUAAAGCAAAUGUUGAGUUGAUUUUGUGUCGUUGCUUUCUGCGACGUGCAUCAUUUAGUUACACGGAAAAUAAGUUGAUUAAUGAAGGUGAUUUUUAUAAAUAAUGAGUUUAAGCUGUAGGUUUAUUUUUAUGUAACAGAACUAAGUGAACACUAACAGUAGUGUUGGGUUUAAUUUAGGAUUCUAAAUGUAUUGAUGCUACAUUGGCAAUGUUUUCUGAUGUCAUCAUGAUGUAUAAUCAAUCAUGAAAUAAAUGAACCGUGAGAAUACCAACCAA